GCUAUGGAGGUGCUGCAGUUUGGUUUAAAGCGUUGAAGAGCGUCAAACUUUCUGGGCUGUUUUCAACCUCAUUGAUGGAAAAACUAACCUUAUAAAUUUGCCUGACAGCUCUUUUACAAGUCCAUGGAUCGACAGCACGUUUUGCGAGAGCAUAGCAAACAUUUAUUGAAGCAGUUGGGGCAGCUGAGAGGAGGAUGUGAGCGGCCGAGCAGCUGCAGAGAGAGCCUGGAGGAAGGGGAGAGGAGGACAGAGGCCAUGGAGGUCCCCGGUCACACCGUCAGGUUUGCUGAUACUUGUGAAAUGCAAAGAGCCAACCAACACAGUGAUUCCCCAUUAUCUAGGAUCCCUGAUUAUAGAGGAGGAGCUAGUGGACAUUCAACACUGUCAGAACCCUUGGAAGAUGAUUACAGAUAUCCACGACUCCAAACCAGUCCAAAGGACACAAGGCCAUUGAGUGCUGAGUCUUGUUCAGUUAGUGAUGGCAAAGACCAGAGGGAUAUUCUGAGUCGAGUCGCACCUCAUACUCAUGAAUAUGAAGACGUACCUGCCUUAGAGAGACAUCAUUUACAGCCUUUACUCGGAUAUGACUGGAUAGCAGGAGUUCUGGAUUCGGAUGAUUCUGUGCUACAGCGCUCUGAUGAGUUCUUCAGUGAUAUAUGUGUGUUUCGAUCACUCCAUCAAGACGAGUGUAUCCAUGGUGCACAGACGGAAUUUUCUGAGGAGAGCCAUUCAGUCCCACCUCUCCUAGUUGACAAGGAUGACCCUACAGAUAACAAGGAAAUUCAUCGCUGUACGUUUUCUUACAGGAUUAACAGCCGACUGUUUCCAGUCCCUCUUCAUUCCCAGGAGUGCUGCUCGGUGUGCAGAAAGCACAAGUCGUCUCACCCUCACACUGCUGCUGAACCGGCUCUAGUUAGGGUCAGCAUUCCUCGCACCGCUCUCUUGCCAUCUUACAAGUAUAAAGGUCAUCGACGCUGCAGCUUUGACCCAUCUGACAGUCUGGCAUUAACAUCAAACUGUCUCUUGGGCUGGUCUAACAGAGGUCAAAGCAGUCUUCCACCUCCCAGCAGUCUCGACCUGCAGAGCUGUGCUAAGACGAAAAACUGAGCGGUCACUGGACGGUGAACUGCAGGUGAGACGCUGCAAACUUGGUUAUGCUUACAUCAUGCAAGAAUCAGUUUCUGUAUUAUUAAAAUAAGGUUUUCCAGCACCGACUGUCAUGGUCCGAGCCCAGACCACUUUGCAACAGUUACCUGUGUCCCAGGUAAAUCGCCUCUCUAAGCCUCUCUGUUGGCUCUCUAAGAUCAUUGCUGAUGUAUGCGGGAUGCAAGAUGGGAACAACUACACAAGCUACUGUCUGGGAGAAAUAUCAGAUAUAUUCACCUUUUGAAUUUGAAGAUCUUGAAAGGCAUAGACUUUUUCUGGAUUUUUUUUUUAAAAUCAGUGUCCUGAUUUAUAAAAGAGUAAAACUGAAAGAUGAUUUAUUUUCUUUUUCACACGACUAUUACUACAAUCACCGCAAAUGAAAUUUGUGUUUCUUAUAUGUUCCAGGACCUGUCCUGUCCUCAAAGCGUCUAACAUCCACCGCUUUGACCAGAUUCCUCAGCUGUCUCGCUUGGCUCGUCAUAACUUUCAACACUUCUCCCUAAGAUGAAAAGCGGAAAUCGCGUUUCACCCAGUGUAGCGACAUUGGCCAAUCUAUUUUUAAGUAAUUGCUUCACUUCUGUUUGAUGUUACUCAGUGAUUUCCUAUUUUAUGUCUAGAUUUGAAGAGACUUUUUAAUAAAAGGUUGAUUUCUGGAACACUUCUGUUUAUGUUGAAUGUGUUUUAGCAGCGUUUAAACGGAGAACAAAAUGUUAACUACAUCCAAUGUUGUAACUGUCUGAUUUUAAGUGUAUUACUUGAAAUAUGAGUUCAGUUGAUAUUUUAUGUAGUUAAUUUGUUAAUGAGAUUAAAACCACGUUGGUUUGAUGAAAUUACUGGAACUUAUGUUGACAGGAGUUGAAUUAAAUUCUAUACACAUG